CUCAAGUUGAGAGUCUCAACUCUACUAACAGCGCACAUGUUGCCAUCUCAGGAAGAAGAAGAACAUUCAAAACAAAUAAUUAUUUGGCGUAAACUAUUAAAUUUGUAGAGAUAAUACAAGUUUUAGCCAAAAUGCCGAAGGUCAAAACGGAAAAGAAGAGCCGCAUUCACACCGAGGUGCAGAAGCAGGGAAUUGUUUUCAACAAGGACUUUGGACAGCACAUUUUAAAGAAUCCUCUGGUGAUUACCACCAUGUUGGAAAAGGCUGCGCUCCGGGCCACUGAUGUGGUGCUGGAAAUUGGUCCUGGUACUGGAAACAUGACCGUCCGCAUGUUGGAGCGGGCCAAAAAGGUGAUCGCCUGCGAAAUUGACACCCGCUUGGCCGCCGAGCUGCAGAAGCGUGUGCAGGCCACUCCGUUGCAGCCGAAGUUGCAGGUGCUCAUUGGAGAUUUUCUGAAGGCGGAGCUGCCCUUCUUCGACCUGUGCAUUGCUAACGUGCCGUACCAGAUCAGCUCCCCGCUCAUCUUCAAGCUGUUGCUCCAUCGACCGCUCUUUCGAUGUGCCGUUCUCAUGUUCCAGCGCGAAUUUGCCCAGCGAUUGGUGGCCAAACCGGGUGACAAGCUUUACUGUCGCUUGAGCAUCAACACCCAACUUCUGGCCCGCGUCGACAUGCUCAUGAAGGUGGGCAAGAACAAUUUUAAGCCGCCGCCAAAGGUGGAGAGCAGUGUGGUGCGUCUGGAGCCGAAGAACCCACCGCCCCCGGUCAACUUUACCGAAUGGGAUGGCCUUACGCGGAUUGCGUUCCUCCGGAAAAACAAAACGCUGGCGGCCACCUUCAAGGUUACCUCAGUGCUGGAGAUGCUUGAAAAAAACUACAAACUGUUUAGAUCACUAAGAAACGAGCCCGUGGAAGAUGACUUUAACAUGCAGGAUAAAGUGAUAGGCAUUUUGGAAGAACAGGGAAUGGCCAGCAAACGUGCAAGAACCAUGGACAUUGACGACUUUAUGGGCCUCCUGCUAGCCUUUAAUUCAGCAGGCAUUCAUUUCAAUUAGUUAAAUUUAUUCAUUAGAUCGUUAAACUUUGUACAAUUCUACAAACAUUAAUAUAAAUGUUAAGCCAACGAACUCUA